UUUAUCGCCGUGCUCUAUCCUCUCCCGAACUCCAAACAUGGAGAAGAUAAUGAGCUCUGUUCCAAACUUUCUCUCUCUUCAAACCCGAAAGCUGCAAACUUUCUCUCUCUAAAAUCCAACCCCUCAAAAGUUGCAAAAUUACAACAGAGUCCCAACAUGUCGGCCAUUUCUCUCACCAAGUUCAUCGUCUUCUCUUCCAUCGCCUCCUCAACUUUCCCAAAAUAUCCAACUCCUUACCCUUCACUUUCACCCAAAUGCCCAGCGUAUCCCCUCACUCACUCUUCCAGAAAGAUUUCGGUCUCGGUAUUUUCAAAGCCUUCCGAGGCGGAGGAAGACGAGGAGCUCCCGUCGGCGCCGGAGGACGAGUGGCUGAAGAAGCUGCCGGACAAGAAGAAGCCGCUGUACGCCCACAGCCUCCCCUGCAUCGAGGCCUGGCUGAGGAACUUGGGGUUUUACCAGAGCAAAGAGGACCGGGCGGUUUGGCUGGUGGAGAAGCCCGAGUGGCACGCCCAGCUCUCGCUCGACAUCACCGAUUUGUAUGUGAGGUAUCUAAAGACUGGACCGGGAAACCUUGAAAAAGAUAUGGAGAGGCGAUUUAGUUAUGCACUGAGCAGAGAGGACAUCGAGAAUGCGGUGCUUGGAGGGCCUUGAGGACAACAAAACGAUUGUUCCUGCAGGCACGUAGUAUGCUCUUCUGAAUUUAUCGACCUCCCAGAAGGCACCUAUUACUUCAGUGGUUGGCGGACUUGUGUGAAUAGGUUACUCUUGAUUCGUAAGAAAGUAUCAGCCUAUCCACACUAGGACUUUUGAGACGAAUAAUAGGCUGUGUUAUUUAUAACUUAAAUUAGUCCUCAUAAGAGCCUUCGUGAUCAAAAUCAUUAUUUUUAGGUUACAGCUAGUACUUUAGGGAGGUGCUGAAUGGUGCAAAUGCUUUAGACAAUUUCAGAUCGAAUGUAUACUUCUUUUCAUGAUAAAAUCGAAUGUAUACUUCUCUA